UCACCCAUCACCACCACCAUCACAGCCACGAUACAAAAUUCCAACCUCACCCCCAGUUUCCCACCAAAAUUCCCGCUAAACCCACUUCGUCUCCGUCCGGAAUUCCUCAACCGCCGUAGCAGUACAAACAUGGCUUCUUCUUCUACUUCUUUCGGUAGGUUUAAGAUGAAUUCAAAAUUGGAUAACAACAGUGACGGGUUUCUCACAAUUUCCGAGUACGCCGGCAAGGGAGGGGUGGAUGUAGGUGACGAUUUGGUGGUUUUGUUUAGCCACUUAGAGUAUGCUUUCAAGAGAAUUGCUGCUCUUGUUGCUUCUCCGGCCAAUUCCAGCCUCGGAAGAACCUCCGGCGGUGGCGAAGAUGUAAGCUCCGGUAGAGAUAAACCCAAGCCGCUCGACACUGUUUCUAAUGAGAUCAUCUUGUCUUCCUUAAGAAAAUCUGGAAAAGUUGCUGUUAUGGCUUCAGAAGAAGACGAUGCUCCUACUUGGAUAGCCGAUGAUGCCCCAUUCGUGGUGGUUACGGAUCCUCUAGAUGGUUCUCGUAAUAUCGAUGCUUCUAUCCCCACCGGAACCAUCUUCGGAAUCUAUAAUCGGCUUGUAGAACUCGAUAGCCUUCCGGUGGACGAAAAGGCGAUGCUGAAUUCGCUACAGAGUGGCAGUCGGCUUAUUGCUGCCGGCUAUGUCCUUUAUUCAUCGGCCACCAUAAUCUGCACCACCUUCGGUUCUGGAUCACACGCGUUCACUUUGGAUCAUUCGACCGGAGACUUCGUUCUCACACAUCCAAACAUCAAAAUUCCUCCUCGAGGUCAAAUAUAUUCGGUAAACGACGCCCGGUAUUUUGACUGGCCGGAGGGUCUGAGGCGAUACAUCGACACCAUCAGGCAAGGCAAAGGCAAGUUUCCUAAAAAGUACUCUGCACGUUAUAUAUGUUCGUUAGUCGCUGAUUUGCAUAGAACUCUAAUGUACGGUGGAGUGGCAAUGAAUCCACGUGAUCAUCUUCGACUCGUUUACGAGGCAAACCCUCUGAGUUUUGUGGUGGAGCAAGCUGGCGGCAAAGGGUCCGAUGGGAAGAACAGAAUUUUGUCGAUUCAACCGGUUAAACUGCAUCAAAGACUUCCUUUGUUUUUGGGAAGCCCAGAUGAUAUUGAAGAGUUGGAAAGUUAUGGUGAUGUUCAACAAACAGUUAAUCCUGGUUACGAUGUAUGAUACCCUGGUCACCGACCAGUACAAGUGGUAGUGGCCGUGACCUGACAGGUAAGGAGGUAGACAUUCUUGCUGAAUAAGUAACAGGUUUGUGGUUUGACUCCAGGUACCAUCCACCCGUCCCCGAGACAACACAUGGUUGUACCGCUCCCAUGACCAAGGUCACGGGAGCGGUACAAUGGGACACUCUAGAGGGUGGUGUCGUACCUUUUUUGCAGAAUGUAUGAUACUAUGCUCGUUUUGACUGCAUUAUGUAUAUACGCAAGUGUUGUUAUAUUGGUAAUACCACGAUAAAAGCGGACCUUUUUGCAUGAUUAGA